ACCAGUGGAACAAACCUGACCAGGUCUGAACAUGACUGAGAGACGAGGCACUGCUGUCACCCUCAAAGUAAUCCUCAUUGGAAACUCUGGGGUGGGAAAAUCCUCCUUCAUGAACAGAUAUGUCAACCACCGCUUCACCAACCUGUACCGGGCCACCAUAGGGACCGACUUCCUCUCCAAAACCGUCAACAUAGACGGAGACACGGUCACCCUGCAGAUCUGGGACACAGCGGGGACGGAGAGGUUCCAGUCUCUGGGUACACCUCUCUACAGAGGAGCCCACUGCUGCAUGCUGGUGUUUGAUGUCACAUCCAAAGCCAGUUUCGAUGCCCUGGAGCAGUGGAGGAAGGAGUUCCUCAUCCAGGGAGAGCCCCAGGACCCAUCUGACUUCCCCUUUAUCGUACUGGGCAAUAAAACUGACCUGAGCGACCGGGAGGUGUCCCGCAGGAAGGCCCUGCAGUGGUGCGAGGAAAUCGGAGCCGAGUACUUUGAGGGAAGCGCCAAACAGGAUCUAGACGUGGAGAAGCCGUUCGUGAGAGCGGCUCAGGGCGGCCUACAGCAGUACAAAAAACACACAUUGGAAAAUACAGGACAUUUCCAGAUAACCUGCAAACAGCCGAGAGAAACUCGCAACACCUGUGAGUGCUGAGAGGAGCACUCGCCCCAACGCGGGAGGGAAAGUUCAGAGAGACCUCGGCACUGCUGAUGAUGACCUAUCUAACGAGGGUGCAAAAAUAGUGACCCAGCAAAGGUACUGUGGAAGGAAAGGACACAAUUGUAUACCACAUGGAGAGAGGAACAAACUCAUUAAAUGUUUCUUCUUUUUUUUUCCUUUUUUUUUGAGAACCUUCAGCUUAUGGUCUAACUUAAGGCAUCACUACUAAAAUACACUGCUUUUGCAUGCAUGUCUAGUUUUGUUCAACAGACACACCGACACGCACAAAAUUAUGAAUGCAUAUGAAGAGAAAGUUCGUUUUCUAGAAAGAAAUCGGGAGAAAUCACAAACGGUGGCCAAGGCGCGAGCCGAGUAGAAAAGGUUGGCAAGCGGACGCCUUGGCUCUGCUCUGCUUCCUGGCCGUUACCAUCACAUCUGAACCUGCCCUUACAAAGUAGAUAUACACUCAUGUCCAGUCAGAAGCCUCCUCCCUGUACAAGUCUGUAUUGUAAUGAACCUAGCAGUGAUUCAGACUACAGUGAAUCAGCUCGACAGAAGCAAAUUAGAACAAUCAGGGAGACUAUAUAUAUUUAUAUAUAUAUAUUUGUUUCUUUUAUAAGCAAAGACACAAAAGGCAAUCAAGAGAUGACCAACAUGUAAAAACAGUUUGUUACAGGUAAUUAUAUAAAAGGCCAAGAUGUUUUUUCUUUUUUUUGUCUGUUUUAUUCUUGCUCUAUGAACGAACUAAUUUACAAGUGAGUACACUCCGGCUAUGUAAGCGUUCUUCCCAAGACAUUCCCAUUCAAAGACAUGCGGGUUUUACAUGUCACAGUUAGCUUGCACACCAUCUGUAAUCUGAAAUACAGAGCCGUGGAAGGAACAACAA